AUGACUGCGUGCAUGAUGGAAGAGUCAACCAGGUUUCAGGCAAGUGAAAGAGAGAUCAUACUAGUAGAUGAUAAUGAUUAUCCUAAUGAUAUCGGAGAAAGCGAUAUAUUCGGCAAUGUUCACGUUGGGGAAGGCCUCUACCUCAAUAAGGAUGUUUACGAGAGACUAUACGGUUACCAGAAAAAGGCUCUUCUCUGGUUCUGGGACCUCCACCGGAAGAAAAAGGGCGGCAUUCUCGGUGAUGAUAUGGGACUCGGCAAGACAAUUCAAGUGAUUGCAUUCCUGAGGAGUUUGACAGAAACAAUACCAUCAUUAAAACUGAGAGUACUCCUUGUUUUACCCGCUACUUUGAUUGAAAACUGGAUAAGAGAGUUCAAUAAUUGGGCUCCAAAGAUGUGCCUGUACAAACUGCAUGGAAAUCUGUUAAUGUACCAGAAAAGGUGUCUGUUGUACCAGGUUCAGAUGACGGGCGGCAUCUUACUGACCAGCUAUGGCAUUCUAAGAACAUUAAAGUAUGAACUUAGUCACAAGGAAGGACAACCCUUUGUCUGGGUGAGUAUCAAGUCAUUAGAUGUAUGAUUUCGUAUUAAAGCUAAAAUUGAGUUCUUGGCCCCGUCGUACAAGGAGUUGCGAUUGAUCCGAUCAACCACAAAGUUAUGGAUGGCCAGCAACGUCAACAUCUAAAAUGCAAAUUUUUUCAAAAUAUUUUCUAGAUAUAAUGUAUAUUCUUACAUUCAUCGUUCUCUUGAAGAUUCACUAUGAUUCUCUAACGGUUAACUAAGGAGAUAGUGCAAAUAUUUUUUGUAGAAAAAUCAUGGUAAUUGGAUGGAUUCCCAUACAAUUCGGUGGAAUUGAAAAUACGGUGCGCCAUCUAUCGGCUGCAGCGGACAGGCCGAAAUUCGCGAUGCCCCAUGGGAAAAGUCAACAUCUCUUGGACGCACUAGUACUCAAGUACAUGCAUGCAUGCAAUAAUUCAGCGCUGGCAGAUGCGGCUCGACCAGAUAUGCUGUUUACUAGGGUCCAUGAGGUGGGACAGAAAUUUGCCGCAUAUUUCCGUGCAAAAUGAAGACCAUUUUUGGUGAAUUCCUGCCAUAUGGUUUUCAGCACUGUGCGCUUCCUGCGCCCCCGCGUGGGAUGUCGACCGUGAAGUUAAUCAGUUGGCCUGUUCACUGCAACCGAUAGAUGGCGCACCAUAUUGUGAAUCCACCGAAUUGAAAUUGAUUGGAUCAAUCAUAACUCUUUGUAAGAUGGGGCCAGGUAUAGAAAUCUAAUUAAAAGGUAGGAAGCAUUCCUAAAGUGUCUAUCAUAAGCCGGCUACAAUAAUAAUUUCUAGAACAGAAAGGCUUAACAGAAACAAUACAGGCUUGCUUGAAAAUAUAUAUAUUUCAUUACUACUUGCUUUUCAAGGUUCAUAGUUCAUUUAUUUCUUCCUUUCAAAAAAACAUUCAUUCAUGGUAGUUAU